AUUGUGGGAUACCCAUAAAUCCAGGUGAUAUAGGUAAAGUGAGUGCUGUCCCAGUUCAGCAUUUUUAGGUCUGCUCUUCCUCUGCCUGGACUCACAGAGCCACCGCUACUCCCACAAUCUUCUCUUUCUGCAACAAGGGUGACCCCCCGUCCUACAACUGCCACCACCCAGGAGUCCACCAGAACUGGAUAAUUCACAGCAGCCUGUCCACACGGCUAAUGGGAAGAUGAAUUCGAAGAGCUUGGAGGAACGCUACGAUCGCAUCCUGCGGGACAUGGAGGGCUCGCUGACGGCACGGGACCGGGUGGGCAUCCAGGACUUUGUGCUACUGGACAACUACACCAGUGAGAGCGCCUUCCUCGACAACCUGAGGAAACGCUUCCACGAGAACCUAAUUUAUACCUACAUUGGGACUCUCCUGGUGUCAGUCAACCCUUAUAAAGAACUGGGCAUCUACACGAAAAAGCAGAUGGACUUGUACAUGGGAGUUAACUUCUUUGAACUGCCACCACACAUCUUUGCACUAGCAGACAAUGUUUACCGCACAAUGCUCAGUGAGACGAACAACCACUUCAUCCUGAUCUCCGGGGAGAGUGGCGCUGGAAAGACAGAGGCCUGCAAAAAGGUCCUGCAGUUCUAUGCUGUGAGCUGCCCCAGCACCAGGGUACUGGACGAUGUUAGAGACAGACUCCUCCUCUCCAAUCCUGUUUUAGAGGCUUUUGGAAAUGCAAAAACACUGAAGAAUGACAAUUCAAGCCGCUUUGGGAAGUACAUGGAUAUACAGUUUGAUCACAAGGGGGGAGCCGUUGGGGGCCAUAUUCUCAGCUACCUGCUGGAGAAGUCCAGGGUUGUCCACCAGAACCAUGGCGAGAGGAACUUCCACAUAUUUUACCAGCUGGUGGAAGGUGGUGAGGAUGACCUGCUGAGGUGGCUAGGUCUGGAGAGAAACUGUCAGAAGUAUAGUUGCCUCGUUCGGGGUGAAUGUGCCAAGGUGAGCUCCAUCAAUGAUAAGAGUGACUGGAAGACUGUCCAGAAAGCCUUCACUGUGAUUGAUUUCAGUGAGAGGGAUGUGGAGCACCUGCUGGCGAUCAUUGCCAGUGUUCUUCAUCUGGGAAAUGUCCAGUUUGAGAAGAGUGUGAGAGGCUACGCCACUCUUAACAGCAGCCCUGAGGUGCACUGGCUUUCGAAGCUGCUUGGGAUCCCGCCACAGAUUCUGCAGCAGGGUUUAACUCACAGGAAGAUUGAAGCCAAAUCUGAAGAGGUUCUCAGUCCUUUCACCAAAGAACAUGCGAAAUACGCCAGGGACGCACUCGCCAAAGCCAUCUAUGGCCGCACAUUCAACUGGCUGGUGGGCAAGAUCAACGAGUCUUUGGUUAACAAGGAUUCAACAAGGAAGACUGUCAUUGGCUUGAUUGACAUCUAUGGAUUUGAAGUCUUCCAAGUGAACAGUUUUGAACAGUUCUGCAUAAACUACUGUAAUGAGAAGCUACAGCAGCUCUUCAUACAGCUGACACUGAAAUCAGAGCAGGAAGAAUAUGAAACUGAGGGGAUUGAGUGGGAACCAGUGCCAUACUUCAACAACAAGAUAAUCUGCGACCUAGUGGAGGAGAAACACAGAUGCAUCAUCUCUGUGCUGGAUGAGGAGUGCUUGCGCCCUGGCGAGGCCACAGAUCUUACCUUCCUGGAGAAGCUGGAGGAAACGCUGAGUGGCCAUCCUCACCUCAUCACGCAUAAACUGGCAGACCAAAAAACCAGGAAGACCCUUGAUCGAGGAGACUUUCGUUUGAUUCAUUAUGCUGGGGAGGUCACAUACUCUGUCUCAGGAUUUCUGGAUAAGAACAAUGAUCUCCUGUACAGGAACAUAAAAGAAGUGAUGCGUCAGUCCCAAAAUAAUAUAAUCAAACACUGCUUUCCAGCUAGUGAACCUGACAGCAAAAGGAGACCAGAAACGGUAGCCACACAGUUCAAGACUAGCCUGGCAGGCUUGGCGGAGAUCCUGAUGUCAAAGGAGCCCUGGUAUGUGCGCUGCGUGAAACCCAACGAUGGCAAACAGCCAGGACGAUUCGAUGAUGUAAUCGUUAGACACCAGGUGAAGUACCUAGGACUGAUGGAACAUCUCCGGGUCAGGCGGGCAGGGUUCGCUUACAGGAGGAGAUAUGAGGUUUUCCUACAGAGGUAUAAGCCCCUGUGUCCAGACACAUGGCCAAACUGGAAAGGAACUGCAGCACAAGGCGUGGAAACGCUGGUUAAACACCUGGGAUACAAGAGAGAGGAAUACAAGAUGGGCAGGACAAAAAUCUUCAUACGUCAUCCGAAAACCUUAUUUGCCACUGAAGAUGCGUUUGAUCUUUGCAAACACCAACUGGCCACCAGGAUCCAGGCGAAGUAUAAAGGAUAUAGAGUGAAAGGGGACUUCCUCAGGCAGAAGGAAGCUGCCACAAAGAUAGAGACCUGCUGGAGGGGACUAAUGGCUAGAAAGGAGAAGGAAAGGAGAGGCUGGGCUGUCAAAGUCAUUAAGAAGUUUAUCAAAGGCUUCAUGACCAGAAACCAGCCAGUGUGCAAGGACAACUCUGAGUACUUGGCCUUUGUGCGCCACAACUACCUCAUGAGACUCAAAGACAAUCUGCCCAAAAGUGUUCUGGAUAGACACACCUGGCUCACCCCUCCCCCCAUCAUGAAGGAGGCCUCCCACUUACUACGCAAGCUCUAUAUUCGUCACAUGGUGCAGAAGUAUGUGAAAGGGAUGACAGCGCAGAGGAAAGCACAGCUUCAGCUGAAGGGAUUGACCAGUGGCCUUUUCAGAGGCAAGAAAGAAAACUACCCCAGCAGCGUGGGACGCCCAUUCGUUGACACCAGGAUAAGUGAACAAGACCUCAACAUCAAAGUCUUGCAGACACUUUGCCAGGAGGGUGUAAAGUACAGCGUUCCUGUCAUCAAGUACGACCGCAACGGCUUCAGGCCCCGCUUCAGGCAGCUCAUCUUCACACAGGUGGCUGCCUACCUGGUGGAGGAAGGCAAGGUCAAGCAAAGGAUGGAGUACACCUCACUGAAAGGUGUGUCUGUGAGCAACCUAAGUGACAACUUCCUGAUUUUCCAUGUCACGUGUGAUUCCAAGCAGAAGGGGGAUGUAGUUCUGCAGUGUGAUUUCCUGUUUGAGGUCCUCACCAAACUGUGUGUAUUAAUGAAUAGGAAAAGCAUCAUCAGCAUCGUCCAGGGAAGUGUAAGAUUUGAUAUCCAUCAUGGGAGAGAAGGCUUUGUGGACUUUAAGAGUGGUUCAGAGUCCAUGGUAUACCGGGCCAAGAAUGGGCAUCUAAUGGUGGUGAGUAUUCAAGUGUCUGGGAAAUGGUGGCAGAGAAACAAAGAGCUCAAGUCAUUGCAAACACUGAAUACCACAAAUUAUUUCAAUUUUUCCAGGAGUCAACAAAGACAAAAUCCCGAUGACCCUGAGUACUGGAUAUCAUGGAUAAAUCCAGAAAGCACUUACAGUUUCCCCAAAACUCUGGUCAUCUAAUUUUAGACUGCAACCAAGUUAUGAACUCUAAGAUGGCUGCCUUGCCCUGUCCAUCAUGUAGACUUGGAUUUUUUUUUAAACAAAAGAGUGGAAAAGGCCGUGAUUUCAUGAUGCAAGAUGCUCACAGGAAGAGCUCUAUAGUUCCACAAAGAACAAAUAAACCCACUGCUGUCAUCAUGUAAUGAUUAAAAUACAUGUUCCAUAAUGCAAGAUUGUUGUUAAAGCCACAUUCUGCUUGUUUAGAGGCAUAAGACUGAGCAAUGACCCCACACACUUCUGCAUGCUAUGUAGUUUCUUAGUGUAUUCCGGCACAAUCCACAAUAUCAGAGUAAUGUUAAAUCCAAUAAUAAGUUUUGUUCUGGCAGUCUGAAAUCUGUCUUUCGGGUUUUUUUCUGCCUUAAGAUUUGAAAGAAUAUGGUUAGUGAACAUGCUGAUGUAAAUCUGUGUUUUAAGUGUAUUUAAAAGUGUAAUACUUUGUGUUGUAUAGGUUUGGAGGAUGCUAUUUAUCUGACUGCAUAGCAAUGUUCUAUUUGUGUAGAUGUACAGUAGCCUACAUGGUAAACCAGUGUCACUUCUGCAAAAGCCACACGUUAGUCUGCUACAAGUCCUUCCAUGUCACCAAUUAAGAGGUAUUAUUGGCCAAAUGCCAUUGUAACAUAGUAGCUAGUCUCACAAAGCCAGCCGUACAUUGCAAAUACAUCUGGAGUCAACCAGGUAGGAAUUUGGUCUGUUUUGGGUGCAUUUGAAACUUUACAAACCGAUUAGGCAUGUUGUGACAGUGGUAUGAUGUGGAAGUGGUGCGGAUUCAGAAAACAAAGGUUUUGGUGAGGACUUUAGGGGGAAACCAACCUUAAACCUGUCUGUUCGGGACAUUAUUUAACACCACAAUUGCAAUUACACUGUGGAAUCUAAACACGUUUAGCCCUGCAGGACUAAACGAUGGAAUUGGACAGAAUUCUUUACCGGCCUCGUCACAGAAAAGAGGACAUGUUCAUUUCCAAAAGAUGUCAAAAUACUGUA